GCCCGUGGGCGGCAGUGCUCGGCAGCACGAGGCGCGCGGCGGUCAGGAUCGAGUGUCGCGGCACCAAGGCGCAGCGCAGGCACCGCUCGGGCGAGCUCACGCACGGCGGCGGGGCAGAGCAGGCAGAGCCAGGGAGGGCCGGCCAGCACGGAGACACAAGGUCAGUUUGCCGCCUGGGUUGACGCCGUCAUCUUCGUCUUCAGCCUCGAGAACGAGGCGUCGUUCAACGCCAUCUACAGCUACUUCACGAAGAUGGCCCACUUUCGGAAUUCGGCCGAGAUUCCUCUGAUUCUGGUCGGCACUCAAGAUGCUAUCAGCGAAAACAAUCCAAGGGUUAUUGAUGACUCUCGAGCCCGCAAACUGGCUACUGAUUUGAAGCGGUGUUCUUACUAUGAAACUUGCGCCACUUAUGGACUUAAUGUGGAAAGAGUUUUCCAGGAUGCCUGUCAAAAGAUUGUGCACCAGCGUCUCUCUGCAUCAUCAUCCUGUUUGACACCGAGCAACUCUAGACCAUCAACACCCUUGGGUAAUUUUUCAUCACCACAGCCUGGACCUCAGCCUCAACCUAUCAAUGCAAGAAUCAUUCAUCAAAACAUGCCUGUAACACCUACCAUCACAAACACCGGAGCUUCAUCAAAUGGACUAAACACAAGUAGUUCAUCAGGCGGAUCUCCCUCAACACAUGGUCACCACACUCUUUCCCACAAGGAGGUCAUGAGUAUGUCUCAAUCCAUCCCAUCAAGCCGUCAAGUUCACACACUAUCCUCAGGGAUGCGUCAUCAUGACUCAAACAAGCUUGAUUCUAUGCGGCCAGCAGAAGCAGAAAAGGCUGUUGGGUCUGCCUCUGGCCCAUUAGGCGCAGCUGCAGUGGAAAAUAACAAUUUAUUAAUGGUGAAAUGUUUGGCAGCACCACCUCCAAACACGACACACUCAGGAUUUGAUGGGUCAGUGAAGAUAGCUCCUCCACAAGGUUUUGAGAAUAUCGGUUCUCGAUUUGCUCCUCCUCAAGGCUAUGAUUCCUUAAGCAUGCCUCAAAGCAAAGAGGGAAAAGACCUUCCAACUCCUAGCUCAACUCCUACUACAUCAAGGAAAAGCAGGAGAAGAUCAAACUUAUUUACACCAUCUAAAAAGGGGGAGGAUAAAUUAAGAAAUGGUGAACUGGGAAGUGGAAGAGCAAUUCCUCUUAAGCAGGGUUAUCUUUAUAAGCGUUCCAGCAAAGCUUUAAACAAAGAAUGGAAGAAAAAAUAUGUAACUUUAUGUGAUGAUGGAAAACUUACAUAUCAUCCCAGCCUACAUGACUAUAUGGAUGAUGUACAUGGGAAAGAAAUUUCCCUGCAGUAUGUGACUGUGAAAGUUCCCGGUCAGAAACCAAGAGGGUCGAAAACUAUAAAUACCAGCAAUGCGUCAGUUGGCAGCAAUGGUGUUAGUGAUGGUCUUAACAGUCUAACCAUAACAAGUUUCCAAGGCAAAGAUAAAAGACCAACAGACAAAGUGCAACUCACAGGUUUUGAAAUGCUGAAGGAUGCCAAUAAUCGAAUGCUGCAACCUGCUGGCAAUGAUGAUUCCUUAAACUUCUCAAUCAAUGGUCAUACAUUAAAUGGGUCUGACGGGAAAAUGUCAGAGACCCCAAAUGUCAAAAAAAGACAUAGAAGGAUGAAAAGUAGCAGUCUUAAAAAUACGGACUGUGAUGACUCAGAUGGAUAUGAAUUCUUUAUUGUAUCACUAGAUAACAAACAAUGGCAUUUUGAAGCUGGAAAUUCUGAAGAAAGGGAUGAAUGGGUUUCAGCUAUAGAACAACAGAUUCUUAACUCUUUGCAGGGAAAUGAAAUAAGUAAGUCAAGAUCCCGUUUACAUGGAGCUGUUGACACAACUUCGAUUCAACUUAUUCGGGCUAGAGUCCAUGGAAAUACCAACUGUGUUGAUUGUGAUGCUGCAAAUCCUGACUGGGCAUCUCUUAACCUUGGUGUGUUAAUGUGUAUAGAGUGUUCAGGGAUCCAUCGCAAUCUGGGCUCGCAUAUUUCCCGUGUGCGAUCUCUUGAUCUGGAUGAGUGGCCACAAGGCCAUUUAAGUGUAAUGCUUGCUUUGGGAAAUGCUCUUGCUAAUGGCGUUUGGGAAGCUCGAGUUCCUCGAACAACUGCAAUUGCCAAACCUAUUCCAAAUUCAAGUAGGGAAGAAAAGGAAAGAUGGAUAAGAGCAAAAUAUGAGGGAAAAGAAUUUCUUGCCCCGCCUUCCCUUGGUAUUCCUUUAGGGCAACAGCUAAUUGAUGCUGUGUGUAGGGCUGAUAUGAAAUGUGUGUAUACUCUGUUGGCACACUGUACGCCCGAACAUGUCAACAGCACAGUGAGUCCCCGUGACUUGAGAAAUCCUUUGCAUCUUGCCUGCGCUCUUGGCAAUGUAGCAAUUGCUCAACUUUUAAUAUGGCAUAAUGCUAAUGUGAAAGCUGUGGAUCAAGAGGGACAAACUUGCUUAUCCCUUGCCCGGGCUGCAGCACGUCAAGCAUCUCCAGAUCCAAAUGUUGGUCAUCUAAUUGAGCUACUCCAAGCCAAUGGGGCACCAGAAUUGUCUUCUUCUACAAUUCCUCGACGGCAGCCUAUUUCCUCCCUUCCCCCUAAUUCCCUUGACACACUUCCAUCUAGUGUUAUAUGAGAGGCGGCCUAUCAAUUAGUGUCAAUUGUUUUAGAUCGUUUAAUACCUUUGAGAAUAACAAAUUUGUGAUUUAGUCUAUUGUAAUUAUGAUGUGUAUAAAAGUGUAUAUUUAUUCCUUUAUAGCUUAUGUGCAAUUCCUGACUUCUGUAUUUUAUUUUUACUUUGCAUGACAGAAUCUGGUAUGUUUCACAAAACAUUUUCUCAAUUUGCUACGGACUGUUUGGUUGAACUGCUCUACAGACUACAAAAAUGUAUGACUUGUGACCUCUAGAAUUGCGGUAGAUAAAGCAUCUUUAGAUCGUUCUCCCAAAUACCAUAUGUAAUGUAACAUAUAUUUACCCAAAUUUACUGGCAAUUAGUAUUAUUAAUAAAGAUACUGUCGUGCAUUGUAAAAAAUAUUCCAGAUUAUUGUAACGUGAUUGUAAUCUGUAUCUGUCUAGUAUUGAAUCUAGAAAUUGGUGUUCUUCUGAAUAUUUUUAGUACCUAUUUGGUCUAUUGGAUUUUUAUUAUUUUCACCUCAGAGUGAUUUAUAGCUUGUACUCAUGUACACACCGUACAUGUGGUAUUAAUUAUGUGAUAGGUAAUUCUAUCUUCUUUAAAACCGAAUAAGCUUUAGGAAUGAAGCUAGGUAAUACCAAAAAGGCAUUUAAACUGUAUGUAACCCAAAUUGUUCUGUAAAUAUGAUCUGACCCAGUGUUGUAAUUUUUACUUGCCAACUAGAAGCUAUAGUGCUAGUCAACAUUCCUCAUUAUAGCAUCUCAAUUUUUGGCUAUCUUGUUGUUGUUAUUAUUUUUGUUGAUGUUUUAUCAAUUAUUGUUGUGUAUGUAUUGUACAAUCACUCAGAUUAAAAUAUUUCAUGACUGCACUGCGUACCUCAAAA